UACAUUAAUGCGGAAACUUAAUGUCAAGUUGUGUGCAAUUUGGGCGUGUACAAGGCUGUCAUCUCGCUAUAAAACAAUCUGUAAACCAAUUCCAGUAUCACUCCCGAAUCCAAACCCCAACGCCAUGAAUCCAACCGUAGUCCGUUUCGUAGUCGUCCUUGCGGUGGUGGCCGCAGCUUCCGCUGGAAAUGAAGUCUUUCCUGCUCAUCCUCUCCUUCCCGCCCGCGCCCUGGUGGCGGCGCCUUUCGCCAGGUUACUCGUUCCUGCCGGCUCGGGACUCGAGGGCCAGUACAUUCCUGACCACACCGAAAAGCUCUACGACGACGGCUCCUACAAACCCGAACUCACCCCAAUUCCUCUGAGUGCCUCUCCCCUCGGACUUGUUCCAGCCGGGUCCGGACUUGAGGGCCAAUAUGUUCCCGACUUGACGGAAAAAUUGUACGACGAUGGCUCGUAUAAGCCCGGUCUUUAUGCGUAAUUGUUUGUUGGAUGGAAUAAAUUGUUAGAAAGUU